UCAAAAUUUAUGCCAAUCAAGGUCAACAAUAUUCCGCAGCCGGGCAAGUUUGUCGGCAGAGUCCGCAAGAAGCGCUGGACCUCAGAAGGCGGCGGCUCCUCGUCUUCCCUCACACCCGGCGAAGUCGAGAAAUUAUAUCUUCACCACUUUUGUUUCUCAAAUCUCUUCACAAACCGAACCCAACACCAAAAGUUCCGUUAAGAUUCAUCGAAAUGCGUCCGCUUUCUUUCUUCUUCCCUUAAACACAAGUGAGUCCUAAGAGCACCCUAUCGGGCACGAAUGCUGUCCGCCGGAGCUCCUUCGGCCUUUGCUUUUGGUAUAACUGGUCAAUAUUGGAUCCGCCAACCGGGUGGAAUGCCUUGCCUAGAGCUGCGGCCACGCGCGCGAUCCACGUCGGCUGACGGCGUUGCGGCGAAGUGGAUGGGCUGCUUUCGGUCUCCAAUGAUGAAGACGGAAAAUAAGGGUGAUGUGGUGAUUGUUCAGCGCAGCGAGGAUCUCUGGGCUGAAGGUAUGGAAGGCUCGUCGACCAGGAGAGGGAUCCCGGAGCACCUCGUCGUCAUGGUUAAUGGACUCGUUGGGAGUGCAAAAGACUGGAGGUUUGCUGCGGAACAGUUCAUCAAGAAACAUCCUGAUAAAGUUAUUGUCCACCGCAGUGAGUGCAAUUCUUCAAGACUGACUUUUGAUGGUGUUGAUUUGAUGGGUGAGAGGUUAGCUGAUGAGGUACUUUCAUUUGUGAAUGAACGGGAUGGUAUACAGAAGAUAUCCUUUGUUGCUCAUUCAUUGGGAGGUUUGAUAGCAAGAUAUGCUAUAGGUAGGCUUUAUGAUCCUUCCAAUAGGUUCUCUCCUCCUGCUACUACAAACCAGUUCAAGGAAGAUGGAAACUGGCAAGGCACAAUAGCUGGGUUAGAAGCUAUGAAUUUUAUAACAUUUGCCUCACCUCACCUUGGUUCGAGAGGUCAUAAACAGCUUCCUUUACUAUGUGGGCUUCCUUUUUUGGAGCAAAGAGCAUCUGAAGCUGCUCAUUUGAUCGUUGGAAGAACUGGGAAGCACCUUUUCCUUACUGAUGAUGAUGGAAGGGCUCCUCUUCUGCUUCGCAUGGUUGAAGAUGGUGAAGAUAUAAAAUUUAUGUCAGCUCUACGCUCUUUCAAGCGUCGGGUUGCCUAUGCGAAUGCAAAUUAUGAUCAUAUGGUAGGAUGGCGAACAUCCUCUAUCAGGCGUCAACAGGAGUUACCAAAAUAUCAUCUUCUUGUGGAAGAUGAGAGGUAUCCGCAUAUUGUCCAUGUUGACAAAGGGGAAACCAAGAAUACUGCUGAAGAAGCAUCAUCUGAUGUUCUUGCUCAGAAGUACAACUUGGAAGAGGCAAUGAUUCAAGGGCUUACACAAGUACCAUGGGAGCGUGUGGAUGUUAGUUUUCAGAAGAGCAGGCAACGGUAUAUUGCUCAUAAUACCAUACAGGUCAAGAGCUACUGGUUGAACUCAGACGGCGCUGACGUGGUCUCGCAUUUGAUAGAUAAUUUCCUCGUCUAAUUAGCACCAAAGAACAAGUUUUGUUCCUAGUACUUAUUGGUUCCUAGUGCUAAUUGCAAUUAUGUUGUAAUAUCAUUGAUUUGUAUAUAGUCUUCCAAAUAUAACUUAUUAUAUGCACGACAUUGUUAACAUGAUGCCUGCCUAUUUUAAUUAUUUAUGUUAAUCUGAACAUUGAAGCU